AUGGCUGCCAAUGCAGAUAUCAGCACAGAGGUUGCUGAGAGAGACAGCCGUCAUGAACACGACGAGGAGCGUCCCUUGCUGGCGCAGUCGCCAACACCCAAGGUACAGCCCGUCGCUGGGGUUGUUACCAUCAUUGCGGUGCUUCUUUUGGGUGAAUUCAUCUCCAACGCCGAUGGGACAUUAGUGAUCGCGGCCGCAGGUCGCAUCUCAUCUGAGUUCAAUCGACUCCGCGAUGCCAGUUGGCUGUCGACGGGGUACACGUUGGGUCUCUGUGCGGCCCAACCGAUGUAUGGCAAAUUGAGCGAUAUCUACGGUCGCAAACGGCUGCUGUUGGUGUCAUAUUUCUUAUUCGCAGUCGGAUGCAUUCUCAGUGGUGUGGCCUCCCAGAUGGGAAUGGUGAUUCUGGGGCGGGCGAUCAGCGGCAUGGGGGGUGCAGGCACCAUGACGAUCAGCUCGAUCAUCAUCACCGACAUUGUGCCCAAGCGUGAGGUGGCCACUUGGCGGGCCUAUGUCAAUAUUGCAAUGACUCUGGGUCGUAGUCUGGGAGGUCCAGUUGGAGGAUGGUUGAGCGACACCAUCGGGUGGAGAUGGCUCUUCCUUCUCCAAGCUCCAUUGCUUGCCUUGGCAGCUCUUCUGGUGAUAAUCAAACUAGAUGUUGCUGAGCAAAUCGAAAAAGAAAACAAAUUGGGCAAAAUCGACUUCCUCGGGACUGCCCUGUUAGGAUCGUCCAUCGUGGCCCUGACCCUUCUCGUCGACCAGGGAGGUAAAUCCUUCCCCUGGAACUCAUUAUGGUCGGCGCUCUUUGCAGGAGGCGGAGUGCUACUUCUAGUGGCAUUUGUGUUGGUCGAAGCCUACGUUGCGCGCGAACCCAUCUUCAACCUCCGCAUCUUGCGUCGCCCCAAUGUCGCCGCUGCCUACCUCAUCGGGGCACUGCAGAUCACCGCGCAACUGGGCAUGUUGUUCUCGGUCCCGUUGUACUUCCAGGUGACGCAGCGCGCAUCCACCACAGCCGCAGGCGGACACAUGAUUCCCGCUGUGGUUGGAAAUACCCUGGGUGGACUCCUUGCUGGAAUCUUCAUUCGUCGGACCGGUCAAUUCAAGGCUCUCCUCAUUCUGGCAGGUCUGAUUGCAUCCAUCUCCUACGCUCUGCUGUACCUUCGCUGGAAUGGUGAUACAGGAUUCUGGGAAUCACUAUUCAUCCUCCCGGGAGGCCUGGGCACAGGCGUUGCCUCAGCCUCCGCCUUCGUCGCGAUGACAGCCAUGCUUCCCGCCGAAGAAGUUGCAAUGGCCACAGCAGGCUUCAUGUUGCUGGUUGGACUCUCUAUGACAGCCGGAGUUACUACGUCUAACUCCGUGCUGGGAAUGGAGUUCCAAGCACAACUCAAGAAGAAUCUGCACGGCCCUGGCUCUGAUACUAUCAUCCGACGUGCUAUGGCAGACACGGGCUACAUUGCGAACUUGAGUGGUCGUAUCCGGGAGAUUGUGGUUGCUUGUUAUGUGGCAGGAUUGAAGCAUACAUAUUUGGUUUCUCUUGCUUGCUCGCUGCUGGCUUCGUUGACGGGUCUAUUUGUUGUGCAUCAUCAACUAUAG